GUUCAUUUCCCCAUCCAGUCUGAAAUAAGAAGCGCAAACCUGACUAGAGCCGCCCUACCUGACAUCAUUGGCCAUGCCCCGUAGCGCAACUUGAGGAGCACACGUCUCUCGCUCUCAACAUUAUAUCGCGACAUCACAAGCCUAGAUAGAGUGCGAUAAAAAACACGAUGAUAACUACAAGUGAAAUCGCUACCCUACUCUUCAUUUUCGUAUUGAAGCCUGUCGACCAAGCAGCGGGGGCGGCGAGCGACGAGCAAUUGCAGCGAGAGGCCAACGAGGACUGCCGUUCGCGGAUGCUGAAACCGGGCCACUCGUUCAUCCACUGGCACGCUGUGGCGAACGUGACGUCAUUCUACUACCUCUGCGAGUACGACACAGGCGUCAGGAUUGACUGUGCCAAUGGAAAGCGGGCGAACGGUAGCAGGGACGUCGUCUGUCAAGUGCUCUUCGAAGGCGCCGUCAACCCAUACGAGUUCAAAGGGAAGUGUCGCUGCACGUGUGCGAAGCGUUGAAACAGUGGCUGUCGUCAUCCCCGUUUGCUGACAUAAAUACCUGGCAACUCGAAAUAAACUUAGGAGGCACCGUAAGAAGGUCAACGCGAGCACGGAUAGCACGCGUGCAUGUCUUACGCCAAUUUACAUGGUUUUCUUCACAAAUAUCAGUUUUUAUUUUCUUUAACUUCAUUGCUUCACUGAGGCGCGCUCGGACGUAAAUAUUAUUUUUGCUUGUUCACA